UCUUUGACUCUUUGACUCUUUAACAUCCAAUUUCUCUCUCGCCUUCAUCUUAAUUUCCCUCGCUACAAUUACACACAUAAAGUAUGUCUGGAGUUGAUACACCACGCAUUAUCCUCGGCACCAUGACCUUCGGAUUAGAGGGAUCUGAUGCGGCUGCUACGACCGUUCGUGUGCGCGGUAGUGAGAACAUCAAAGCCUAUUUGGAUGAGUUCCAUGCUCACGGUCAUGUAGAGCUUGAUACCGCCAGGGUUUAUUGUGGAGGUGACACUGAGAUUGCUUUGGGUCAGUUGCCGACAGAACCUUUCAAAAUUGCGACCAAAGUUUGGCCCACAGUCCCCAAAGCGCAUGCUUUAGAGCAUCUGAGGAGGACGCUCCAAGAGUCAUUGACGGCGUUGAAGCUCAAGAAAAUUGACAUUUUUUAUUUGCACGCGCCUGACUAUACGACUUCAUUUGAGGAAACUGUCAAAGCUGUGGAUGAGCUCUACCGCGAAGGGCUUUUUGAACGGUUUGGAUUGUCCAACUUUGCAGCGUGGCAAGUGGCAUUGAUCCAUCAGCUUUGUAAGCAACAUGGAUAUGUUCUCCCAGUCGUUUAUCAAGGAAUGUACAAUGCGAUCACAAGAGAUGUUGUCAGAGAACUCUUCCCUUGUCUCAAGGCUCUCAACAUCGCGUUCUACGCUUAUAACCCAAUCGCUGGAGGCCUUCUUUCGGGUAGAUAUAAUUUUGAUAGCAAUGAUGCUCAGGAUGGUGGACGCUUUGCUACGAAGACCGAAGUCGGAAAAAUCUAUCGUGAACGUUACUGGAAUAACUUGUUCUUUGAGGCUGUCAAGAAAGUGGAAAAGGCAGCCAAGGAUAACAAUCUGACCUUGAUUGAGACUGCUUUACGUUGGAUGUCGCAUCACUCCGAUCUGGGUCCACAGGAUGGUAUUAUUAUUGGUGCAUCUUCAAUGCAGCACCUGAAGGACAAUUUGCGGGAUUUAGAGAAAGGUCCCUUGCCACAACAUGUUGUUGAGGCAUUGGAUGAAGCCUGGGAGCAUGUCAGAGUUGCAUGUCCCUCAUACUUCAAGACUGCAGCAGCUGCUCAAACCGUAUCUAAUGUUUUUAGGAAGUUAUAGAAGUAGAACCCAGUCAUAUCCUAAAAAAAAUUCCUUCUUCAUUCUCAUUGAUUUCAUCUCUUCUGAAUGACAUUAAUGACAUUAUAUUUGUAGAUUCAAAACUAAUAAACCAAAUGAACACAAUGAACCAGAAAUGAAC